UCAAGUGCAUAUGUGUAUCCUAAAUUAUAUUGAACCUUCAAAACCAUCAGAAACUUCUUGUCAAAUACGUAGAAAACAUUGUAAAUGUCAACUUUAUACGUUGUUGUCCUGUUUUAAUCCCAUGUUUGCGAUGUUUGAUUUGAGCUUUCGUUAAGAUGAGAGUUUUGAGAGCGGCAUAAGAGAGCUUAUCAUAUGUGGCCAUGGCCUCGUAUUCAUCAUAUUACUAUUCCGGCCAAGACCCUGAUGAUUGCCCCUCUCCGACAUAUUACACUGCACAUAACUGCAACAAUAUUGAAAGCUAUAUAGAGAUAAACUAUUUUGCUAAUUCUAACAAGACUUCUUCGACAAACAGUUGUUAUCAGAAAGAAAUCAUACCAGUAUGUACGGCUAAUUUAACGUCUGAAAUGCCUGGUAGUCGUACUAAAGAACCCGCUGUUAUCCAAAGCGGCCAUAGUAGUCCAAUACCUUCACAGGGUUUGCUCAUUUCGGAUAUCCAGAAUAACCCAAUUUUCCGGAAGAAAGGGGAGAGUUGUAAACAGCCUCCUCCCCCAUUAUCGGAUAUCCAAAACAACCCAAUUUUCCGCAAGAACAAGGAAAUUAACAAGCAGCAUCCGCCGCCGUUGUCAACUAAACCUCUGUCAUCUCCUAAGCCCGCGACACCGCCCAAACCCUCGAUAUCCCCGAAAACCUCGCCUUCACAAAAAUCACCAGUAUCACUUCAACCCGCACCCGAAAAUGGGAUCCUGCGAUCUACCAAAAAAACGCCAGCGAGUAGUGCCCCCGCUUCCCCUGUUGGAUUCAUGUUACCCGAACCAGAGUCAAGGUGGGACGGAUCGCCAGCCGAUCAGAGAAUGGAGACGUUGAAACUGACGAUGCCAGAA